ACACACACACACACUACCACCAGUGCCACCUCCAUCUCCACACCUACCCCACACCUAUAAACAAGCUCUCCAUUCAGUCUGCUGGAACUGAAUCUGUGUGAGUGGGGCAGAAACACCCCUGUCUCCACACUCACUGCUGGGUCCUGACUCAGCCUAUAAAUAUGGAAGAGCGGUUUAUGGACUGGGUGUAUUCGGCUCUCCUGUGGCAGUGGCCUCUCAGACACUGUUCCCAUUCCACGAUUUAAGUCUAGCCCAUUUUUGGCUUUUUAUUCUUGUCUUUUUUUUUUUUUAAAUUAAGUGCACUUUUAAGUUCCAGUUUGAGUGUGAAGUUUGAGGAACAGCAAAAUACAAGCUGACAGGGCAGAAAAAGGAGAAAUCAAAAGAAAAAAAGAGAGAGAGAGAAAGAAAGAAAGAAAGAAAGAGCGAAACUAAGGAGAGACACCAUGAGAAUCGUGCCAUGCCUGUCCAUGGCCCUGAGGGACAUGUGGACAGUGUCCUUCCUCCGGGACGUCUUCCGUGAGUUUCUAGGCACAGCUCUCUUCCUGCUCAUAGGCCUCUCAUCCACCACCACUUUGCCUGCUGCCAACACAGGGGACUCCAUUUCCCACAGUGCUGAGCUCUCCACCUCUUCAUCCCCCUCCAAUCUGAACCUUCUCCAAGAGCCUCCAGAUUGCCACCUGGACCCUCUGCGGGUGGCACUGGCGUUUGGCGCCGCCCUGGUUGUGGUGUGUGUGGGCAUGGGGGAGGUGCAGCUGAACCCGGCCGUCACACUGGCCCUCGGGCUGGGACUGAGGCUGAGCCCCUGGAGGGCGGUGGUGUUUGUGGGUGCCCAGCUCCUGGGGGCGCUGGCUGCGUGCGCCAUCCUCAUGGGCAUAGUGCCCUCACCUCUGCAAGGGCAACUGGGGCUCAAUGAGGUGAGUGUGGCGCCAGGGGUCCUCCUGUUCCAGGCUGUCGCCAUGGAGACAGCUGUCACAUUCCAGCUGGUGCUCUGUGUUCUGGCAAUGUCCCACCCCUCAGCCACCAGCAAAUCCCUGGGCCCCACUGUUCUUGGCAUCUCUGUCAUGCUCGGACACCUCACUGCGAUUGGGUAUACUGGUUGUGGAAUGAACCCUGCCAGGUCUUUUGGUCCUGCCGUGGUGAUGCAGAACUUCCAUAACCACUGGGUGUAUUGGGUAGGCCCGUGCGCUGGAGCAGUGUUGGCCUGGCUUCUCCGUGAUGUGCUGCUGUGGCCUCGCUGGAGCAGUGCUGGAGACUGGGUCACUGAGUUCAGAGAGCUCCUCCUCACAGUCCCACACAAACAACCUGACCCAGAGCACACCACAGAGCUAGACCAGGACACUUAA